AUGGAUGGUCAUUUGGUUGAUUUACAUUUGGAUAGUGAGGGACUCAAUCCCGAUCGUCUCACUGACGAUCGUCGUUGCAAGACCCCCUUUACGGAUGGUAUGAGUGUUAACAGUCAGAAUUCGAAUUCGUCUUGCACAACGCUUUGCGACAGUGGUGAUGAAAACCAGAACCCUCCCCAGCAUGGGAGUCAGUUGGACUGCAACAAUUUGCAACAGAACUACUCCCCAAACUACAAUUAUUCACCUCCCUUCAGUGGUCUUGACCUAGCGUCAUACAUCAACAACUCCUUUACCAGGAGCAAGGGUAACGUGAUCUCUGGUGUCAAGUUUCAGCCUUCUGAUAACCGCUGGAUUGCACGUUGGACAACUGCUGAUGGAAAGCGUGCCUGUAAGAGUUUUUCGGUGAACAUUUAUGGUUUUGAGCAAGCUCGUGCUUUGGCAAUUGAGGCAAGGCAAAAGGGUGUCAGCCUUUCAGGUCGAUCCUUUUGCAACCGUGAACGUCAGCAUGCUAUGCGUUCCGGCGUGGGUAUCAUAGGUAUCCGCUUCGACAAGACGCAAGCACGUUGGGUUUCAUCUUAUUACGAAGGAGGGAAGCGUAAAUUCCGGUAUUUUACUGUGAAGGAUUAUGGUUACGAACAAGCUAAGCAACACGCCAUCCUCUGGAAGACCUGUAACGAUGAACGACUCCUCCGUAACCGAGGCCACGCGAAUAAGCUUUUUGAUUUGAAGAUGAUCGAGAGUGCCUUGGAAUCUGGAGUGUCACAACCCCAAUGGUGUUCGCAACCCUUCCAGCAACCUUAUCUUGGUUACUACCAGCAGCAGCAGCAACAGCAGCACUCUGUUGAAUAUUGCAAUCAGCAGAAUGACUGUCCGCUGCAGUAUGACCAGCACAACCUCCAGCAGUCUCUUAUGCCAUUUAAGAGCUCCAGUUUUUUGAAUCAGCAAACUCUUGAAGCUAGAAGUCCCAGUCUAAGUACCAAUGCUAGUUUGAGUGGUUAUGGUGAUCAGAACGAGCCAUUGUGUUACAACUAUCAAAGCGAGUUACCUUACAGUUAUUCGCACAGUCAGCCCUUUUCCUAUGAGCAUCAGCACAUGCAAUUUGUUGGUGAGGACCUAGAGCCGUAUUCCCAGGAUAACGAUCAGGACGAGGACACUUGUUCUGUAUCAGGCGUAACUUUCGACCGUAAGAACCGACGUUGGGGUGCAAGAUGGACAACUUCUGAUGGUAGGAGGGCUGGUCGUUACUUUCCUGUGCGACAAUAUGGUUUUAACGAGGCUAAGCGUUUGGCGGUUAUCUGUCGCCUUCAAGCCAUGGAGGAGAGCCGUGUAUCGGAUGGAAUCUCAUCUCUAGACUUGAAUGUGCAGCAGAGCUGUGGUGACCUUAUGAAUGAACCAUUUUGA